CUGUCGUUGCAUGGGCUGUGUACACCGUUUGUGUGUUUAUGUGCGGUGUCCCCUUUCCAAGCCAACAAAACCGGAGAUUAAUUAUUCACGGACAUAUCAGCUGGAGGGGGAGCCACCUGAUAGCACGGACAUAGAAUAUUACAACCGGAUAUCAGGUGAUACAGUCCACCCCUGCUUCGUCUGUUCUUCUGCUUGUUCCUUAACUACCUCGCUCUUUUGCUUUUGCUGCUACUGAACCCAAAGACUUGACUUAGAAGAGAGAAGUGCCGCAAGUGGAUUACUUUGCUCGUUUUGCGUGGUAUUUCCUCAGUUUUCUCUCCAAUGCUUGUUACCAACAAACAGUUAAGUCUUGGUCGCUCCCACAGUUGGGACACUUUAGGGGGGAAUGAGGGUCAGUGGGACAGGGCUGAGAGUGUCUACGAGCAGCAGGCGAGAGUAGCUGGCCGGCGGAGCUCUCUGUCUUACGGAGAGGGGGGAGGAGGGUGGUACGAGCCUCCAGCAGGCGCGCGUCCUCCUGACCUGGAUAUAAAACGGGACCCAUAUUCCUACCAAGACCACGGACAAGUUUACACGGGGGGUCUGAGGAAGGGUUCUGUGCCAGACCUGAACCACUACGAACGAACAGUUAUGGCUCACAGAGGAUCCAUUCCGCAUCAGGAUUACUACCCCCACGAUCCGGCCAUGACUCCUCGGCCACCUGAGGGCAUUUACCGGGCAGAGCACCAGGCUCCACCGCCUCACCCUCAUCCCCUCAGUCGGUCAGGCUCUCAUUUUGGGCUGACUGCUGGGACUCGUCCUGCCUGGGAUCAAUCACAGGGCUCGAGAGGAGGACCUCAAGCUCCCCAGUCGCCUUUACAUCCUUCUCCGUCUACUCCGACUGCUCAUGAGCUAAAUCGGGCCUACAGAGAAUCUGGGACUUCUAAAAUGAUGCCGGAUGGUCAACUGCGCAGACCCUCUAGAGACCCGUCUCCAGCCCAUUACAGCCUGGAGCAUGCAUCUCCUCGUUAUGCAAGCGAGCCCCAACCUUUGGCUGGUCAGCCUGUCUAUACAGAUGUUAACGGGCGACCGCUAGAUCCGCAGCAGCAGGCGGCUACCUGCUUAGUGGUGGAUCCUUCCAGUCAGGGAAUGGUAAUGAGGCAGGAGACCACCUCACCCUUUACUGUUCAGCAGCAGCAACAAUUGCAGCAGCAACAAUUACAGCAGCAACAAUUGCAGCAGCAACAACUGCAGCAACAACAAAUACAACAGCAGCAGUUUCAACAACAGCAACUUCAGCAACAACAACUCCAGCAGCAGCAGCUUCAGCAGGAUCAGCUGCAGCAACAACUGCGACAUCAGCAGCAGGGUUUACCUCCUUCCAACACAAUCCCCAUUUCUGAUCCUAAACUUGCUGUGGCGGCUCCACUUCCUCCAUCUUCCGCCCUAGUGCAGACUGCCGCGAUUGCCCCAAUUGCACCAGCCCCUGCGCAAGUAGCGCCAACUCUGCCCCCACCAGUUGCUCAGCCUCUUGCUCCCCUUCCUGCCCCUCCGCUUACCGCUCCGCAGACACUUUUGCCUGUGGAUCCCAAGAAGACAGUGGAUCCAGAGUUUCUUGCCCUUUUGCGAAAUGAAGGCAUCUCUGAGAGCACCAUCUCUUCGCUCAUCCAGCAGGGAUUCGACUCCUCCAGCAUGCUGGCUGUAAUGGAGGAGAACGAUGUCCGUACAGUGGCACCCAACCUUGGGCAGGCGCGUGUACUCUCUCGUUUGGUCCAAAACUGUAAGCGGCCGGCCGAAGCUCCUGUGGCACCUUCUCAGCCUCAGACCCCCAUGCGAGGGCGUUCUAAUAGCUUCAGCCAUCGCUCAGAUGUCUAUCAACACCACCAUCACCAACAUCCACAUCCUUCCCAGGCUUUGCAUGUUGACCCUCAACUGAUGCCCCUGCUGACGCCGGGUGCCAUGCACACCAUCGGACCAAGGAUGGGAGAGGUAAUAGGCAGGAGGCCAAGCAGCGCUCCUUCUCAGCAGCUCUUGGAAGCCUCUGGAGCUUACCCAGGCCAGUCACCUCGUUCCCCAGGCCCAUAUAUGGGAGCCAUGGUGCCCGUUCAAUCAAGACCAAUGUCCGCUUAUUCUUCCGGGAUGACCAUGCCAGGGUUGCCCAUGCAGAGUAUGCAGAUCAUGCCCCAGCAAAUGAGUGGUUCCAUGCCUGCCAUACCAGGUUCCAUUCACUCCAUGCCAGGAAUGCCGCAGCAGAUGCCUGUUUCCAUGCCAGCUUUACCUCAACCGCCACAGCAGGUACCUAAAGCAUACUCUACCAAUUACACCGUACCAAUGGAGCUGAUGAAGAGGGACCGGAGCCUGCUGCCCAUGUCACCUAUGCACAGCCCUCACCCAAGUCCCCAGAUGAGUCGGAAGGGUGGCGGGACUGCGCCGGAUAAUGCAAUGGUUCCCGCGGGAGGCUCCGCUCAAGGGCAAAGUGCUCUGGUUGCUAAUCAGAAGCUAAGUCGCCGCACCGGUCCACCAGUCAUCGUGUCCACCAUGGCGUCUCCUGACACAAGUAUCAGGCCUCAGAUAAUGAACGGGCCCAUGCACCCGCGCCCCCUGGUGGCGCUGCUGGAUGGGCGCGACUGCACGGUGGAGAUGCCCAUCCUCAAGGACCUGGCAACCGUGGCUUUCUGCGACGCUCAGUCCACACAGGAAAUACACGAGAAGGUGCUGAACGAGGCGGUGGGAGCCAUGAUGUAUCACACCAUCACCCUGACCAGGGAGGACCUGGAGAAAUUCAAGGCGCUACGCAUCGUCAUCCGUAUCGGCAGCGGCUACGACAACAUCGACAUCAAGGCGGCCGGCGAGCUGGGCAUCGCAGUGUGCAACAUUCCAUCAGCAGCAGUGGAGGAGACAGCAGACUCCACCUUGUGUCACAUCCUCAACCUGUACAGGAGGAACACCUGGCUCUACCAGGCUCUGAGGGAGGGAACCAGGGUCCAGAGUGUGGAGCAGAUCAGGGAGGUGGCCUCUGGGGCUGCCAGGAUCCGAGGGGAGACGCUCGGCCUCAUCGGAUUUGGUCGUGCAGGCCAAGCGGUGGCGAUGCGGGCCAAGGCGUUCGGCUUCAACGUGAUCUUCUACGACCCUUACCUUCAGGACGGCCUGGAGCGCUCGCUGGGGGUCCAGAGGGUCUACACGCUGCAGGACCUCCUCUACCAGAGCGACUGUGUGUCUCUGCACUGCAACCUCAACGAGCACAACCACCACCUCAUCAACGACUUCACCAUCAAGCAGAUGCGCCAAGGAGCCUUCCUGGUCAACGCGGCGCGAGGAGGUCUGGUGGACGAGAAGGCCUUGGCUCAGGCCCUGAAAGAAGGGAGGAUACGUGGAGCCGCUUUGGACGUCCACGAGACAGAACCCUUCAGCUUCUCCCAGGGGCCGCUGAAAGACGCGCCCAACCUGAUCUGCACGCCGCACACCGCCUGGUACAGCGAGCAAGCCUCGCUGGAGAUGCGAGAGGCCGCCGCCACGGAAAUACGCCGAGCCAUCACGGGCCGCAUCCCCGAUAGUCUCCGGAACUGCGUCAACAAAGAGUUCUUCAUCACCUCGGCGCCGUGGGGCAUGAUGGAGCAGCAGCAGCAGCAGCAGCAGCAGACGCACCCCGAGAUGAACGGCGCCGCCUACAGCCGAGUCAACCAAACCAUGGUGCACGCCAUAGCCACAGGGGGCGUGCAGGACAAAUUGUAUUCCUAAUUCCUCUCACGCAGGUUGGUCCCCAGGCCGAUGGAGGGCCUGCUGCCCGGGGGGGGGCCCACGGUCCACGCCCCCCAGGCCGCCUCCCCCAACCGGCCCUCCUCCAAGCACGGCGACCCCACCAGAGAGCACACGAGCGAGCCGUGAGGGCCGAGACCCCACCGGCAUGGUCCCCCCCCCCCUCCUGGGGACGAUGGAGGACACACAGAUGAGACUGUCAAAGCCCCUCCCCCCCCCCCGUUCUGUCUUCUUGGACUGACGGGAAGUCCUUUUAAGGCUUUCCUCCCCCUUCAUUGACAACGUGUUGUUAUUUUUGUUGUUUCUGUUCUCUCUGCUAAUGUUCCAUGUUUUAGCUGCUGUGUCUCCCUCUAGUGGACGGAUGCGUCAUUGCACUUCCUUACUACAGCAAGUCAGCCUUUAAAAUCCAUAAUGAAAUGACGGCAUUUGUUGGUGACGUCACGUCAUGACGCGUCACGUGUUCUGGAUAUUACGCCAACCUGGAUUUAUUUUGUCUUCCGUCGUUUUCUUGUUUUGUUUUUUUUUUGUCCGUUUGUGUUGACGUCCCACAUUUUGAGUGCAGUUUGAGUGUUGAAUGUUCUCGUUUCCUUCUAGUUUCUUCAAUUCUUAGCACUUUUUUUUUCUUUCUGUGUUUUGUUUCUUGUACAAGAAGGUGAACAUUAAAUUACACGUGCAGCUGGAACAAAAACAAAUAAAACGUGCUGUCUUGAUUGAU